AUGUUUGGAGUAUUUAUGCUGACAUGGUUUCUCGCUCGUCACGUCCUUUAUAUGAUUACAAUGUGGAGUAUAUGGAAACAUAUGGCCGAAGUUAUACCCAUCGGUUGCUAUCAUGGGGCCCAGGAUAACUUCACUGGCCCUAUUCCACUCCCGGAGCACGGUUGGCUGCAUUCUUUGGAACCGUUUCGAAAUCCUUCGGGAAUCAUUUGCUACAGUAAUAAUGUACGGUGGGGAUUUCUCGGUGCUCUAGGCUUUCUCCAGCUCCUUACCGUCUUCUGGUUCGUCUUAAUCGUUCAGGUCGCCGUUCGCGUUAUUAAGGGUAUUGGCGCAGACGAUAUUCGCAGCGAUAACGACAGCAGCGAUAUAGAUAAUGCAGAAAGCGAUUCCGGGCUGCAAGGUCAUCAACUGCCUGAGUUGACAGUGGAGAUUGAUGUUUCGUGGCUGUCGAAGCGUGUGGCGGACAGGAGAAAACGGCAUGUUCAUCCGGCUUGA